AUGCCCGUUCCACCGUCUCGGCCUAGGAUAUCCAGAUGGGCAAAGUUUAACCUGGAAGCCCUUCUUUUGCUCGCAGAGAAACUUCGAGGCCGAUCAUGUACCUGCGAUGAGUCCCAGGGCCCCAAGAGCGGUAGCUUGAACUGGGUUAUAUUCAUCACCUUUGACGAUGGAGUUCAGUGGGUGUUUCGGUCACCGCGCUACGACACACAUAUGUUCUCAGACGAAACUGCCUCCAAGAUACUCAUAAGUGAAGCGAGUACAUUGAAAUAUCUUGAAACCCAUUGUCAAAUUCCCGUUCCGAAAGUCUACUCAUAUAGCGGUACACACGAGAAUGAUAUCGGUAUACCUUAUAUUCUUCAGAGCAAAGCUUCUGGUCGUCCCUUGUCAGAUUAUCGUUGGACAGAGCCUGUCAUCCAGCCCCCAAAUAUCAGACAUCCCAUUUCUCAGCUGCCACUCUCAGAGUCAGACCGAGAGAGAAUGAUGAAUCAGCUUGGUGCCAUAAUGUCUCGUCUUUCAAAGGUCCAUUUCACUAAGAUUGGAUCGUUACUUGAAGAUGAUACCGGUGGCUUUUUAGUUGGUGAAUGUCUGUCUCCUGUUCUCACCUGGCAAUCGAGAGACUCUCUCGAGAAAGAAAUCGAACGGGGUCCUUUUGCAGAGGAACCUGUAUACCUUCGGUCUUUGAUAUCAGCCUUUACUUCUCAUGCAGAGGAGCUAUCACUGACACCUUACCUAUUCUUCUCGCCACUGCCUAAACCAGCUGACUAUCCGACAUGGGAUAGCUUUAGGGCGGCUACGGAUAGAAGGGGUGACUUCAUAGUCGUCGGCGAUAAACUCGAGGGUAGUAAGAAUCGACUGGACUACUGCAUUGCAGGUCAGAUACUAGAGGAAAUGGUACCACGACUAUCGUCUGAGUUGACUACUUUCAGUAUAUCACACCCAGACCUUCACACUGGAAACAUAUUUGUCGAUGAAGAUCUAAAUAUCACAUGCAUUAUUGACUGGGGUUCUGCUACAACAGGUCCCAUGACUGAGUUGUUAGCGACUCCAGGGCUCGCAGGUUCUUCCAAACCACCUUCAUUAGCUCUCACUGCUGCCUUUCAGGCCGGCUUCUCUCAAGGAUCCCCAAACAUCAGCCGAGAUAUGUGGGAGAGAGCUGAGAUGAUAUGGCAUUUUUCUCGCGUCGUGCGUCUUCUGUCCGGUCAGGAUCUUCCCCUGUUCCGAAGAUUGUAUGAUCUUGUUUACAAGACCAAGCUUGUAAAUCCAUCGGACUCAAGAGAUUAUGGAUGGCUGUUUUGUCAGCGGGCCAUGACCGCAAGUAACAAGAAGCUUUUUGCCAAGCUGAAGGAAGAUGAUCUGACAGAAGACGAAGUGAAGGCACGUGAGAAAGAGGUCUUCUCUGGAGACGAACUGGACAGGUUGGCUGUGGCUAGGAAACUAACGCUAAUGUCUGAAAUGAACCCGGGGUUUAUUGGAGACAGGAGACUAUGGCUGUGGGUUGAAGAGGCUCUGGAGGAACCCAAGUACGAUAAUCAGAAUGAAAAAGGAUGCAAUUAUAGAUAA